AUGACCGAUGUUUCUCUCCUUCUGCAGUCCGCGACGGAGCACGCGCGCGUGGCGCGCGCCUCGGACCGCGUGUACCGCGACGAGUGCGUGCUGAGCUUCGACUCGGCGCUGAGCGCGUCGGGGCUGUACACGAACCUGCGCUCGUUCCUGUCGUACGGCGCCUCGAGUCUCCGCUUCGACCGCGCCGGACUCGCCGACGCGCAGGCGAACGGCGCCGUGUACCUGCACCAGCAGCACGCGCGCAAGCCCAAGGCGUCCAUCGGCUCAAACCCAAGCGAAGCGCCCACGAAGCUCGCGAUUGGCGGCGCAGGCGGCUUCGCAGCCAACGCGGAGGACAAGUUCGAGCUGGAGAAGACGCUGAGCAUCGUUCUGCUGGGCCCCGAGCAGCGCGAGCUCGCGCGCGUGCCUCUGGACGACGCGGCACUCCCCUCUAAGCUCAAGGAGGCGGCGGACGCUGUGCUCAACCACGCGGGCAACGCUGUGACCGAGGAGGUGGCCUCCUGGCAGGAGGAGCUCAAGCCCACCAAGUACGCGGAGCACCUGGAACAGGUGCCGAACCCGCCGCACAUCGCGUCCAACCCGGCGGCGUGGAAGUGUCAGGCCCCGGACUGUGACAAGCAGGAGAACCUGUGGCUGAACCUCUCGGAUGGCUACAUUGGUUGUGGUCGCAAGAACUGGGACGGCUCCGGAGGGUGUGGAGCGGCGCUCACCCAUUUCACUGAGACGGGCGGCAUUUACCCCUUGUCGGUGAAGCUGGGCACGAUCACGGCUGAAGGGGGAGACGUGUACAGCUACGCGCCUGAUGAGGACGAUAUGGUGAAGAACCCGCUGCUGAAGAAACACUUGGAGCACUUUGGCAUCAACAUCGACAACCUGCGCAAGACGGAUAAGUCGAUGAACGAACUGCAGGUGGGACUCAACUUGUCGUACGAGUUUGACGCGGUGACGGAGGCUGGCAAGAAGCUGGUGCCGGUUUCUGGAGCGGGAUACAUGGGCUUCAAGAACUUGGGCAACAGUUGCUACAUGAACUCGGUGCUGCAGUUGCUGCUGGCGCUGCCGGAGGUCCAGGAGCGCUACUUCAAGGCCUCAGAGAAGAUUUUCGCGACGGCGGACACCCCGUCCACCCUCCCGGUGGAUGAUUUUGCCGCGCAGUUCGCGAAACUCGCGUGUGCGACGCUGACGGAUCGCUACAAGAAGCAGUUCCUGGCACCGAAGGAUAGCAGCAAGGAGGUGGAAGAAGAUGACAUUCACAAUGUCGAGCUGCGUCCCAUUACGUUCCGUGGUCUGGUGGGCAAGGGCCACCCGGAUUUCUCGACGGGCCAGCAACAGGACGCUGUGGAAUACCUUCAGUAUUUGCUCAACUUCAUGACGCGUGCUGAGCGCGUUGGCACCGACCGCUUGGGACCGCUUCUAGCUGGGGAUGGCGCUACCAGUGCGGAGUUGCCGACGGCUGGCUUGUUUAAGUUCAAGCUGGAGGACCGUGUACAGUGUAUGGCGUCCAACAAGGUCAAGUAUGUGCCGCGCGAUGACAUGCUGCUUCAGCUGCAGAUUCCUCUGGAGGCGGCCACCAACGCUACGCAGGUUAGCGCGUACCAGGUGCUGGAGCAAAAGCGUCAGCGUCUUGGAGACAACGAGAAGGCUGACAAGAGUGAGAGCAAGGACGGAGAAGUGCGUGUGGUGCCGAACAUCCCGUUCGAAGCGUGCGUUGAGAAAACGUUGGGGCCUGAAGUUAUUGAAGACUUCUUGUCUCCAGCUACUGGCAAGAAGGGUCAGGCUCAAAAGACGGUUCGUUUCCGCUCGUUCCCGCGCUACCUGAUUGUUCAAAUGAGACGCUUCUACGUGGCCGAGGACUGGACGCCGAAGAAGCUCGAAGUCGAGGUGAAGGUUCCCGAGAAGAUUUCACUCGGCAGGUUCGUAUCCAAGGGUCUGGUCGAUGGUGAAGAGGAACUGCCUGAGGCACCUGCUGCGAGCUCGGUGGGUGAAAGUGCUGCUACCGCUGCGUCUGAUACUGCGGACGAAGUGCUCGUGGCUCAGCUAGUGUCUAUGGGUUUCUCUGAAAACGGUUGCAAGCGCGCAGCCAUCGCGACUGGCAAUUCCAAUGCUGAGGCUGCUAUGGAGUGGAUCUUCAGCCACAUGGAAGACCCGGACUUUAACGAUCCGCCUGCUCCGGCAGGUUCUGCAGCUAAGCCUGACGGUGAAUCUGUCAACAUGGAGCAUUUGUCGAACCUAAUGGCGAUGGGCUUUGCGGAGGCUCACGCGAAGUGUGCGCUCAAGCAAACGGACAACAACCCCGACCGCGCUGCUGAGUGGUUGUUCGGUCACAUGGACGACCUUGACGGCGCUGUUGCUCAGUGUGAAAGCGAGUCUGCGGCCUCAGCAGCAGCCUCCGGGGACUCUGGAUCGUCUUCCAAGCGCCUUGACAGCGAUGCCGUCGGCGACUAUUCUCUUGUGGGCUUCGUCAGCCACGUCGGCAAGAACACCAACUCGGGGCACUACGUCUGCCACAUGAAGAAGGAGGGCCGCUGGAUCAUCUUCAACGAUGACAAGGUGGCCGUGUCGGAGGAGCCCCCACUUGGUGCUGGCUACCUUUACCUGUUCCGUCGCACAGACUCCGAAGCGUAG